CACGCCACGCUAUCAGGGGUGAGAAGGAAAGGGUUUUUACUGCAAAAACACAGGAAUUAGGGUUAGCGGCCCCAGCAGCGGUCCCCAGGGACCAUCAGGAGCAACACGAGGGACCCCAGGGGAGUCUGGAUAAGGCUGCCUCAGAGGGCCAGCACCCAGACCUCUUCCAAAGGCAGAAAGAGAAAGCAGAAGUGCAUGCUGCAGCUCCCCAGCAGCCCAGGAAUGCACAGAGUGCUCAAACAGCCGGGCUGAAGCACUCCCUUUACAAGAAGUCACGUGCUGAGACAAAAACACCCACUGGAUUCUGUGCUGGAUCACCGUAGGCCCCCGGCCUGCCCUGCAUGGCCCCAGCAGGGCCAGAGCUCGCUCAGGCACACAGAUAGCGAGGUUUUGGGGCAGGACUUUGCACCCUGCGCUGUGCCUCCGGCUGUAACCAACGGCUGCUGCCCCAUGUGCCCUGAGCCUGGCACAGCACAGCCUAAGGAGUGGGAAGAGGAGAGGCAGCCUCGGGAAAUCCUUGAGCCCGUGGCCUCCCCAGAGGGCCUGUGCACCGCAUGCACAAGCAUGCGUGAGGCUGCAUGAGGAUGCAAACCCAGCCUCACCCUCAGCAGCACUGCACCCAGCUGACUCAAUGAGGAGGCUGCUAAAGGAGAAGGAUGCGGGGAGACCUCACAGCUGACUCACGGAAUGCUGACUCCACAGUCACUAAGAGUGUACAGUAGUGUGACAGUGGCCAUCCAUCGUGUCUACAUGCAGCCCGGGGUUGGCGGGGGCUUGGAGAUGAGGCUGAUCCUGGCCGGGAAGGCUGGUGGGGGGAAAAGCGCCACGGGGAACACCCUCCUCGGGAAGCGUGUCUUUGAGUCCAAGCUGUCCCACCAGCCAGUUACCGUGAGCUGUGUGAAAGCACAGGGGCACUGGGAUGGCGAGGACUUCACGGUGGUUGACACGGCCGACAUUUUCAACCCCGGAGGUGUCAGCAGUGAGGUGUGCCAAGAAAUUGUCCACUGCAUCAGGCUGUCCUCCCCGGGCCCCCACGCGCUGCUGCUGGUGACCCAGCUGGGCCGAUUCACCAAGGAGGACGAGGAGGCCGCAGAGAGACUGCAGGACAUCUUUGGAGCUGAUGUUUUGCAGCACACGAUUGUCAUAUUCACCCGUGCGGAAGAGCUGGGGGAGAGAUCUCUGCACGACUAUGUGUCCUGUACUGACAACAAAGCUCUCCGCGAGCUGAUCGAGAGAUGUGGGAACAGAUACUGCGGCUUCAACAACCGGGCAGUUGGAGCCGAAUGGGACCACCAGGUCAUGGAGCUGAUGGGGAUGGUCCGCUGCAUGGUGCAGGUGAAUGGGGACAGGUACUACAGCAAUGAGAUGUACCUGGAGCCCAAUUUAACAGAAGAGAAGGUGGCGUAUCACAUGGCGAGGUACAGAGCAGGCAGGAUAAAGGGGGUGAGAUUCAGCUGGAGGCCAUCCCGGAAAGUUGUCCUGGCUUGUGCGCUAAUUGUCCUCAUCAUUAUUGUGAUCACCCUGGGUAUCCUUAUUGCACGGCUGUGAUGAAUCCCAGCACCACAGAGCCACUGAACGCCUGGGGCUGGAGGCCCCUCUGCACCCCGCAUGUUCUGUCCCUGCCCAGGCAGGGUCCCCAGCGCUGGCUGCCCAGGACCGUGUCCACUGGGUGUUGGACAUCUCCGGGGAUGGAGACCCCAGCACCACUCUGGGCAGCCUGUGCCAGCGCUCAGACACACACACAGCAAAAAAAGACUUUCCUGAUGUCUCAGCGGGCAUCCUUGUGCCUCCAGCAGUGCCCAUACUCUUGUGUCCAGACUCUGGGCACCCCACCAGGCGUUCACACACACAGACGGGACCCCCAAGUCCCAGUGUAAUGGAACCAACUCUCCCUUGGAAACGAAGAGGAAUUGUCUAUUUUUAUUGAGCUUCCCUUUAAUCAGUUAUCAUAUGUGUAGGAGAGGGCAAAAAAUAUGUUUAACUUUUAACCUAGGCUCCCUUUGUUUAGGGACAGAAUGCUCCUUCUGGGAGAAACCAAGGAAAGUUGCCAAUAGCAAGUAGCCUGAGGUUGCGCUUCGGUGACAUGUGGCCAUCGAUGGAUAAAAGGGGUUAGGGUGCUUCAUCGGGGAACACCACCAAGGACCCCCACAGAAAGGAAGGCAUGCGCAGACGGGCCCUAAAAGGAGCCAUUAAGAAUGAUGCCGCAUGAGCACAAAACUCAGGUAGAUUAGAAUGAAUUUGUAUUAGAUCGCUAGAAGAGUCAUGAAUUUAAUGUCUCCAUGGAGCCAGGAAGUCGACAUUGGCUGUGCUUGAUCUGUGGAAACUGCACCGAGCUCUGAGGCCUGAAUAAAAGCAAUCUCUCUCCUGA